CCGAAUCUCUGUGUCCGUUGCUCUGACAUGCGUAUGGCUUAUCACCAUGGUUUCUUGUCACAGCAGUGAAGAGUCUUCAUAUCAAUAUUCCACUUCCAACUCGAACUACGUCAUUGUGACGUCCAAACAAUCUUGGAGCGACGCAAGGGAUGCCUGUGCAGCCACCGGCAGCCAUCUUGUUUACGUCAGCUCAGCCGACGAGAACCAAGCACUGUCCGAUGCUAUUGUAGGGUUCGGUGCCUCGACCAGUGACUACUGGAUGGGGCUCGUGGGAACUGGAGGCGAUUCAUGGCUAUGGUUGGAUGGGGUAGGCCCGGGGUACACCAACUGGCCGGACAGCGGGAAACGAGAUGAUGAUGACUGUAUUACUCUUCAUGUAUCAAGCCAGACGUGGAAAGCUCACAAUUGUAACUCCAACAAGAAAUAUAUUUGCGAGGAGGAAAUAAUAACAACCACUCUUGCAACUACGACCAAAGUGCAAACUACUGAAAACGAAGUCAUAACAACCACUCUUGCCACUACGCUCAAUGUGAAAACUACUGAAAAUGUGACAGCUCAAUCAACAAUUCUCGCAACGAAAAUCAUAACGGAGACACCCGCCGAGGAUAACAUUCAGACCAUGCAGUCUACUACAGUUGUGCAACUUGUGGAUACCCAGACGUCUUCACCAAUCAUGACAGUAACGUCAGAGGAAAACUUGAUAACUGAAGUUCUUGUAACUGAAGUCGUAACUGAAAUGGGAGAUGAGGUUAUCCAGACACUACAACCUAUUACACAUUCUGACGAUGAGCAGAGUACAACAACCGGAGGGCGCCCUUCCACAGAAGCUCCCGUAACCGUCCCCAUUACCGAAGAUAUAACCGAGACACCAGGGGAGGGUGGCGAUUUCCAGACAGUGCAGCUUUCAACAACUCUGCACCAUCUUGAGGAUGACAUCAUGACCACGCCCUCAGGUGAUGAAGAGGGGAGACUCUCAACCGAGAAGGAUCACUUAACUACAUCUCAGGGUAGUGAACCGUCUACAUCUACACUAAGCAUCUCUACGUGUAAGCGUAGAGAGAAGAACGUCUACCUACACACAGUAGGAAAGACAUUUUCUGAUCACGUGGUUUUCAAGACGAUCAAUAGAUCUAUGCUAAAAUGUGCAGCCGCUUGCAUCAGCGAAGCCUGUACGUGGUUCGUCGUCACACAUAACAACGACUGUUUGCUGUCUAAAGAAGCUUCAGUCAUAGAACAGCUACAGUCUGACGGCUCGGCUGCAUUAUAUUACGUUGGAGGAUGAAAUGACAGCAAACUGAAGCUAGAUUUUCACUGACCUUUUACUUUAUAUGCAAAUGAGUAAAAGCACCACAUGCGAUCCUUGUGUAGUUUUCAGCCGGCCAAUAGUUCAAGCAUGUAACUGUAACUUCACCAAAGAAGAGGAAAUUAAAAUUGUCAAUGAUUUUUUUCAAAUUUGAAUGGUAAAACUGAGAAUUAAAAAAGUGGAAAUCAGCUGAUCCGAGGCAAAGUUGCAUGCCUGAUAGUUGUGUAAAGAAAUUUCGUUACAAUUUUGUUGUUGUAAACAAUUAACAAAAGGUAAAGUCUGUAAUAGACCCUUCCCAUGAAA